AUAUAACCAUUCGAUAUGAUAAUUUAAUAACAAUUUUUAUGUUUAAUAUAUAACUUAUUAGUCACAAUAUAAAUCUGUAUAAUGAGUAAAUUAGGACAAUACUUUCGUAAUCCUUCAGUAUUCCAUAGUUUACUCUUUGGAACAGCAGCUGGUGUGGUAUUUUACUCUUCAUAUAUCGGAUUAAGGGCAUUAAAGGUCAAAUUUUUUGAUACUGACUACAUCGCUAGACAAAGUAGAUGGCGUUACUUGGAAAAGCAGCAGUUAUACCAGAGGGAACUAGCUCAGGAUAUGAAUUCCGCCUACGUUGCAAGUCUAGCUGAGGAAUAUGACCCGGUCGCUCUAAGACCUCCAGGAGCUCCCAUGGAUACCAAAAACGUACUAUAACAUUUAAUCUAAUACAAUAUA